UUUUUUAUUCUUUUCAAAAUAACAUGAGAAAAAUGCACAUGGUUUUACAGCCAAGGGACCUAAACUAGUCAAAUUUAUAUGGCUGGGUCUUGUAUAGAGUAUGUGAUGAUGAAGGUAUCAAACAUUUGUGGUUGCAAAUUGUAGACCAACUAGUAUUUAAGCGGGCCUUGUUUCUUCACCAUUUCAUCAAUACAAGCUUACAACUCUCCCACAUACAUUUUUGUGAUCAAACAACUAAUCAAUCAAAAGAUGGAAGGCAAGACUUUGAUUGUAAGUGUGCUCAUAAUGAGUCUGUUCAUGGCACAAAAUCAAGUUGACGCAAAUAUUUGCUGUCCGUCCAUCCAGGCUAGAACUUUCUAUAAUGCUUGCCUCUUCGCGGUAGGUAGCCCGUCAAGCUGUAUACGCAACUCGAGUUGUCUUGACAUUAGUGAGUCGACAUGUCCUAGAGGAUAUACGAAUGACAUUCUCGAAAACACAGGUGAUGCUGUCACUGAAUACUGCAAGUUGGGGUGUGUAUCCUCUGUUUGCGGUGCUUUAACCAUUCUCCAGAACUCCGAUGCAAGUGAAAUCGUGAAUGGAGAAGUUGAAAAAUGUACCAUGGCAUGUUCUACAGUCUGUACCAAGGGCUCUAUGAAUGCAGUUGAAAAUGCGUAGACCACCAUAUCCAUGAAGAUACCACGUACAUCUGUGGUGAAGGGCGUGAAUCGUCGUCAUCUUUUACAGUGUUGUAUAUUUCAUGUUUUCAAUAAUCGUCGUGUUUGUGACAUGUUAAGAUAAUCGUGCUUGCUGCCGUUUAUAAUAUAUUUAAUCGGUGUAUAAUUUCUGUGAAGAUCCUCGAUACUUCAUAUAAGAGAUUUUGAGAGAGAGAGAGAACCAAUUUUCGAAUGGGUGAGUUGGCAAAGUAUUCACUUUUCAGAACAUAAUUGGGAAACUAGUCACUUUACUAUUCAAAAUUUGCAAAGUAGUCACUUUUCACUGUUUGAUUUGUACAC